CCCUGAUACUGGAGUCCUUCGAAACUGAUCCCAACAACAACAGCCUAGGAUUCUGACGCAGAAGACACAACGCAAUAUGUCGACGAGGAGAGAAUCGUUGGGAGACGAAAAGUCGGUCAGCUGUAGUGAAGACGUCCCAUUACGCGGGCGCAUUGAGCACUUCACUUGGACUUGGUUCACCUUGACGAUGUCGACUGGCGGAAUUGCGAAUCUGCUCAACGCACAACCAAAUACCUUCGCUGGCCUUACAACUAUCGGCAAAAUCAUCUUCAUCGUUUUCAUCGUGAUGCUGGUGUUCAACUUCAUGAUGAUAGCGACGCGAUUUAUCCAGAGCCCUGGAGCCCUGACAGCCUCUCUUACACACCCGACCGAAAGCCUGUUCUUCCCGUGUAUGUGGCUAUCACUGGCUGUUCUUCUCAUGAACACACAGGCAUUUGGCGUACCUUCAUCCGGCCCGUGGCUCGUAACGGCAUUGAAAGUGCUCUUCUGGAUUUACCUCGCAUGUACCUUGCUCGUGGCCAUAGGGCAUUAUCACGUUCUGUUCACGGCAGGCAAGCAUGUUUCGAUCCACUCGAUGACCCCGUCCUGGGUACUUCCCGUUUUUCCAGUGAUGCUCUCAGGAAGCAUUGCUAGCAGCAUCGCCUCCUCCCAGCCAUAUGAGGACAGAUUGCCGAUUAUCGUCGCGGGGGUCUCCUGCCAGGGCCUCGGAUUUUUCGUCUCGCUUAUAAUGAUGGCACUGUAUCUCGGCCGGCUGAUGGUCGAUGGUCUGCCUGCCCCGAAACUACGACCAGGCAUGUUCAUGGCAGUGGGACCACCAUCCUUUACAUCUUUGGCCCUGAUCGGCAUGUCCACCAGCAUCCCGCAAGGUUACGGCUACUUUGCAGAACACCCAAUGGCCAUGGACGUAUUGCAACCUCUGGCUCUGGUCUUCGCCAUCUUCUUGUGGUCGUUCGCCUUCUUCUUUUAUGGUAUUGCAUUGGUCGCUUGUGUUCAGGGGUACAAAGACUUAUAUUGGAGCCUGGUGUGCUGGACUUUUGUGUUUCCCAAUACUGGGUUUGCGAUCGCGACCAUAAAAAUAGGGGAUCAGCUCAACAGCGAGGGAAUCAAAUGGGUCGGAAGUAUCAUGACGAUCCUAUUGGUAGCCGUCUGGCUACUCAACCUGGGAAUGCAGGCCCGGGCAAUCUACAAAAGGACUAUGCUUUGGCCUGGAAAAGACGAGGAUCGCGACGAGUUGAGGGACAAAAAGGCUUGAGAAAAUAGCGAAUCUAGUCUUCUGAACAGAUCUCAAAGCCCAAAAAAUACAUCAGUAUUAGCACAAGGGUGUUGAAUGGACCUGCAAAUGAAGAAACAUAUCGGUACACCGCGGGACAGAGCUAGAUCGAGUUCAAUAUUUACCGCCUGCGGUGUGCCACGGUGUUGACCACAGCAUCUGAAUGGCACUGUUGAUCUCUAAUCGA